AUGACCACCUGCAGCCGCCAGUUCACCUCCUCCAGCUCCAUGAAGGGCUCCUGUGGCAUUGGUGGUGGCUCCAGCCGCAUCUCCUCUGUCCUGGCUGGAGGAUCCUGCCGGGCCCCCAGCACCUAUGGGGGCCUGUCGGUCACCUCCUCUCGCUUCUCCUCUGGGGGUGCCUGUGGAAUGGGGGGUGGCUAUGGUGGUGGCUUCAGCAGCAGCAGCAGCUUCAGAACUGGGGCCCUAGGUAGUGGUUUUGGUGGAGGAUUUGGUGGUGGCUUUGAUUCUGGUUUUGGUGGUGGCUUUGGUGGUGGAUUUGGUGGUGGCUUGGGUAGUGGCUUUGGUGGUGGUGAUGGGCUCCUGGUGGGCAGUGAGAAGGUGACCAUGCAGAACCUCAAUGACCGCCUGGCCUCCUACCUGGACAAGGUGCGUGCCCUGGAGGAGGCCAACACCGACCUGGAGGUGAAGAUCCGAGACUGGUACCAGAGGCAGCAGCCUGCUGAGAUCAAAGACUACAGUCCCUACUUCAGGACCAUUGAGGAGCUGAAGAGCAAGAUCCUCACAGCCACCGUGGACAAUGCCAAUGUCGUCCUGCAGAUUGACAAUGCCCGCCUGGCUGCUGAUGACUUCCGCACCAAGUAUGAGACAGAGCUGAACCUGCGCAUGAGUGUGGAGGCUGACAUCAACGGCCUGCGCAGGGUGCUGGACGAGCUGACCCUGGCCAGAGCUGACCUGGAGAUGCAGAUUGAAAGUCUCAAGGAGGAGCUGGCCUACCUGAAGAAGAACCAUGAGGAGGAGAUGAGUUCCCUGAGAGGCCAGGUGGGAGGAGACGUCAAUGUGGAGAUGGACGCUGCCCCUGGUGUGGACUUGAGCCGCAUCCUGAAUGAGAUGCGAGACCAGUAUGAGAAGAUGGCAGAGAAGAACCGCAAGGAUGCUGAGGACUGGUUCUUCAGCAAGACAGAGGAGCUAAACCGCGAGGUGGCCACCAAUAGCGAGCUGGUGCAGAGUGGCAAGAGUGAGAUCUCUGAGCUCCGUCGUUCUGUGCAGAACCUGGAGAUCGAGCUGCAGUCCCAGCUCAGCAUGAAAGCAUCCUUGGAGAACAGCCUGGAGGAGACCAAAGGCCGCUAUUGCAUGCAGUUGGCCCAGAUCCAGGAAAUGAUUGGCAGUGUGGAGGAGCAGCUGGCACAGCUACGCUGUGAGAUGGAGCAGCAGAACCAGGAGUACAAGAUCCUGCUAGAUGUGAAGACCCGGCUGGAGCAGGAGAUCGCCACCUACCGUCGCCUGCUGGAGGGCGAGGACGCCCACCUCUCCUCCUCCUCCCAGUUUUCUUCUGGUUCUCAGUCAUCCAGAGAUGUGACCUCCUCCAGCCGCCAGGUCCGCACCAAGGUCGUGGAUGUGCACGAUGGCAAGGUGGUGUCCACUCAUGAGCAGGUCCUUCGCACCAAGAACUAA